AUGAUCGUCACCCUCCCGCUUCCCAGCCAAGUCGUCAAAGUCUGGCCACCAGCCAUGGUCAGCUUCCUGCAAUGGUUCGCCUUCUACAGCUUCGCCGGCCUGCUCACCAUCCCCUGGCUCUUCUGCGUCUACCAAAUCGUCACCCACCAACUCGGCCGCACCAAGCGCAUCAAACAAGUCCUCGACGAAGUCUCGGCGCCCAAAGUCGUCAUCGUCAUGCCCUGCUACAAAGAAGACCCCGACGUGCUCGUGGCCGCCCUCGACUCGGUCGUCGACUGCGACUACCCGCCCUCAUGCAUCCACGUCUUCCUCUCCUUCGACGGCGACCAGGAAGACGAGCUCUACCUCAACACCAUCGAGAAGCUAGGCGUGCCCCUGACGUUAGAAUCCUCCUCCUACCCCAAAUCCAUCGACGUCGCCUACCAGGACGCGCGCGUCACCGUCUCCCGCUUCCCGCACGGCGGCAAGCGCCACUGCCAAAAGAUGACCUUCAAGCUCAUCGACCGCGUGUAUCGCGAGUACCUGAAGCGCAACGACAACCUGUUUAUUUUGUUUAUUGACUCGGACUGCAUCCUCGACAAGGUGUGCUUGCAGAACUUUGUCUACGACAUGGAGCUCAGCCCGGGCAACCGGCGCGACAUGCUGGCCAUGACGGGGGUGAUCACGUCGACAACCCAAAAACACAGCUUGAUCACGCUGCUGCAGGACAUGGAGUACAUCCACGGCCAGCUGUUUGAGCGCACCGUCGAGUCCGGGUGCGGCGCCGUAACUUGUCUUCCGGGCGCCCUGACCAUGCUUCGGUUUUCGGCCUUCAGGAGAAUGGCCAAAUAUUACUUUGCCGACAAGGCCGAGAACUGCGAGGACCUGUUCGACUACGCCAAGUCGCACUUGGGCGAGGACCGCUGGCUGACGCACCUGUUUAUGAUCGGCGCGAAGAAGCGACACCAGAUCCAGAUGUGCACGUCGGCCUUUUGCAAGACGGAAGCCGUGCAGACGAUGCGGUCGCUGAUCAAGCAGCGGCGCCGGUGGUUCCUGGGGUUUAUUACGAACGAAGUGUGCAUGCUGACGGACUGGCGGCUGUGGAAGCGGUACCCGAUCCUGAUCCUGGUGCGCUUCAUGCAAAACACCAUCCGCACCACGGCGUUGCUGUUCUUCAUCAUGGUGCUCGCCCUCAUCACCACCACCAAGAAGAUCGACGACCUCCCCGUCGGCUUCAUCGCCAUUUCGCUGGGUCUCAACUGGCUCAUGAUGAUCUACUUUGGCGCCAAACUGCGCCGCUUCAAGAUCUGGCUCUACCCCCUGAUGUUCGUCCUCAACCCCUUUUUCAACUGGUACUACAUGAUCUACGGCAUCUUCACCGCCGGCCAGCGCACCUGGGGCGGCCCGCGCGCCGACGCCGCAGCCGCCGACUCGACCACCACCGCACAGGAAGCCAUUGAAAUGGCCGAGAAGACGGGUGACGAUCUCAACAUUGUGCCCGAGUCUUUUAUCCCGGCCGCCCAAGAGCGCAAGGGCAUGCUAGAAGACAAGGGCUUCACCACCGGCAUUAGCACUGGCGGCGGCGGUGGUCUCGGCCGCUCCAAGAGCAUCCUCCAGCCGCCCGACAAGCUAGUGGGCAAGUUCGCUGCGCCUGAGCGUUCUGCCAACGGGUUGUAUCAACAUUUUGACGACUCCGUGGCUUCCGUCAGCUUGUUUGCCCACGCCGGCGGGUCGUCUAUGGUGUUACCUACCGUAGCUGGUUCUGCCGUCACUGGCAAAAGGCAGCAGCACCAACAAUACCAACAACAGCAGUAUCAGCAACACCAGCUCCAACAUCGUGACUCUUUCGACAGCACCUUCUCUGCGCACACCACUGGUGGGAAUAGCAUGUCGGUGUACACGCCCCGUCGGGUAGAAAAUAUCAUGGGCGAAGAAGAUCGCAGGAAAUACGAGCUUGCGCAGGCUAGCUCUGGACACUUGGUGGCGGGUAACCCUACCCGGGUCCUUGGUCCACAACAACAGGCUCCUCCUCCCGGCCAGGUUUACGAGUUUUCCGAGUCCGAUCUGAGAAGAGCUGGGUAUGAUUAUACCGACUCGGCGGCAGAUGAUAGCGUCGAAUCGGUUUCUGGGGGGUGGCCGGCUGCCUCUCCAAGUCUUACCCCCUAUCAGGAGUAUGGGUAUGGGCAGCAAGGAGGGUCGUUCUCUGUGCCUAUGCCGCCAGCUCCGAAUGGAACGAAUCAUCAGCAACAACAACAACAACAACAACAACAUCAUAGGAGUCCUCUGGGCAGGGCGAGUUGGAUGAGGACGUCAACUAUGGAUCAAGUGGAGAGUGAGAUUGAGGUGUCACAUGAUGGUGGUUCUGAUGCGCCUGGGCAUGGAAGGAGAGGGGGGCAGGGGUCACAUCAGAGAUAG